UCGAGGGUGGGUUGAGGCAGAGGGAGAACUUAUGCUGACUGAGGUGAUACUCAGUGACAGGAGAAUCUGACUUGGGGACAGAUUUUCGGCCAAGAUCUCACAGGAUGGAGUUGUCCUCAUUCCUCAGGCUGCUUCCCCUGGUUCUUGUCGUGAGGAAUGAUUUCAGUGACGGAGGCGAGAUCAUUCUGGAAAAUUUUGCAAGCAUUGUGACAGUGCCCGAAAACAGUCUUCCAGGAACCAAGAUCCUUGAAUUCCAGAUAGUUGCGUUCAACGAUGAGAUCGCAGGGAUCACUGUCACUUCCAUGCCAAAGGAUGACUACUUCCUGUUCACUUUCAGAAAGACCCAUCAGGUUGAGGGUACCAAUUUUUACACAGUGGAGAUAUAUCUAAAUGACCCAGUAUACUUGGAUUUUGAAUGGAUUCGCAUGUACAUCCUCACUAUAACCAUCGAUGGGUUUCAUACAGACCGUUACGUUGAACAAGCUAAUCUGCUUGUACAAGAUGUCCCAGAUGAACGAUGUGGAGUCCAAUUCCAGACUCCAGGAGGAGCCACAGUGCAUGUAGAAGAGACGGCAGCACCACUUUCCCAAAUCUACACCAUCGUGUCAGCACCAUCACCUGCAAAUAAUUUUACAUAUACAAUCACUGAUUCAGUCCCUGCGUCUGCAAAAGGUGAAUUCAGUGUGGAUCAAACGGGCAGGAUUACUGUCCCACUCCAGGGAUUUGGCCACAAGGCUGAAGAGAGGAAAUUUGAACUGCACAUUAGUGUGACACAGAACUCAGAAGUUAUUUGUAGUGGAAUAUUACGAAUUAUUGUGACUCCAGUCCGUCACUGGCCUCCGAUAUUCACAUCCGCUCCAGGCACUGUCAGCAUCCUGGAGAAGCAAGGCCCGGAGUAUUAUGUGGCGCAGGUCACUGCUACAGGAAACAGCGUGCAUUACCACCUGAUGACCCACAGCCCUGCCUACAAGAUUGGUGAGGAAAGUGGAAUCAUCAGAACCUCAUCCAAUCUCGACUUGGAUCAGAACCCAGGGCUUGCCAUCAAUCUGCUGGUGAUAAUCGCCUUUGAUGACAGCUACCUUUACAGUUCAGUGGUUAAUGUCACAGUCUAUGUGAGAGAUGUGAAUGAUCAUGACCCACAGUGCACACCUCCCAUCUUUGUGACUGAGAUUCCAGAAACCACUCCCAAAGAAAGCAUUCUCUUUCACCUGACCUGCAGAGAUCCAGAUUACUCCAAGACUGACCUUUCGUAUUCACUUGUAACCAACGAGAAUUCACAUUUCAAAUUCAUGUACCAUGCUAAUAGUGUGAGGCUGAACGAGAGCCUCGACUAUGACUCCGCUGAGAUGGUAGGUCUGGGUUUCCGGUACACAGCCGAAGUCAUUGUAACAGAUGCCGGAACCCCGCCACGGACAGCAACUGUCUCAGUGCUGGUCACUGUCAGUCAAGUCAAUGAGUUCUCCCCUGUCUUUCAUGGCAUCAGAACUUUCUCAGUUCCAGAGAACAGUCCAGCAAACACACUGGUGGGCAUAGUGAAUGCUACAGAUGCUGACUGGGUCUAUAACAACUUGCGUUUCUCCAUUGUUGGACAUUCUCCGCCAACUUUCUACAUCCACCCAUACACUGUUACCCAUGGCUUCUCACACAUCAGUUGUCUCCUGAUUUGGUCUCUGAUGGUUACUUUCCCAGGCGAAAUCAACACUCUGGUUCCACUUGAUUUCGAAAGGAUUGGCACCUACACCCUGACAAUCCAGGCAGUGGACAUGAACCACAAUGCAGCCUUUGAUAGCUUCCAACAAAGAACCAGCUACACCCAGUACACCAUAAAUGUUCAGAAUGUAAAUGAUCUUCCUCCUGUAUGCUCGCCCCCAUUCUACAAGGAAACAAUCUACUCCACCCGAGCAAACGAUCUCCCCAUUGUUACGCUGUCCUGUACUGACAAAGACUCUGAGCUCCUCAACUACGGAAUUAUUGGUGGAAAUAUAAACAACCGCUUCAUUUGCCAGGGCAGUUCCCUGUUCUCAAGAAACACCUUCUCGUACAAUCUGGAUGGGAUCUCUGACCCAACGACUUUUGAACUCCUCAUUCAGGUCACCGACAGUAAUGGUGCUGAUUCUAAAGUUGUAUUGACAACCACAGUGAUUGUCAUUGUCCAUGUAGUUUCUUGGACAACAACCACACCAUCUACAACUACACCAUCAGCUACAAGGAAUUCAGAGAACAAAAUAGUGACUCUGCUGGAUAAAUUUUGGAAGCCAGACGCGUGGUUUGUGGUGGUCCUGACAUUAGUCUCAGCAAUGGCAGCUGUGGCUUUAGCACUACUGCUCAGAAAGUGUCCCUCAAGGAGCUGGUGUUGUAAACAAACUUUCCCACAGGCUCAGCUGGCUGAGGACCUGCUGCAGGUCAGCAGAUCCCUGCCUGAUGCUGAAGCACAGAAGGGAAAUGACACUGGGGGUCCUACUGCAGAGAAAAAGCAAUCACCAUCAAUCAUCUCCCUCAGCCAGCAGUUCGAUGGCCGGGCGAUUGAUCCAGCUACAGGAAGGCCUUAUCUCUUCAACACGACAACAGGAGCCCGCCGGUGGAUGUGAGAGAUCGAGGGGCCCCCCAUUCCAGCCCCUCCCUGGGAGGAAGGCGAGCGUAUUUACUGUAGCGUGUUCUGCACCCUGGUCGGGGAUGGGGUAAUAGUGCAGAUACGGGGGAGCACACUGCAUCAAGCUGAUCAUUGCUACACUUCACCCAAGUGACUCCUGACCUGGCACACUUGAUCUUCGACCAUGUGGGCACCAGCAGACUCCGUUCCUCACUGAUUGAUGCAUCUGCAUGGAAGUGAUUCUGAUACAAGGGAAAGCUUCAGGAUCAAUCUUGUUGGGAUCAUUAUCUUGCUUUGAAAUAUUCCUGCCUGGCCAUACCUUAGUCAUGUCUGAAUUAGGGGACCCACAGUAGUCUCAUACACCCUGUAGUGCCACAUACGUAUUUGAUGGAAUGGGGGGAAGAAAAGGGAUUAAAAAAAAAAGACGAGUUGCA